GCGUUGCUGUGGUUUCAUCACAUUCACGUGUGUCAUGGCUGCCGUAGCACUGGUACAGGGUGCGAGUAGGGGACUUGGACUCGAAUUUUGCAGAAAUAUCUUAAUAAACAAAGCCCCAGGAGCAGUGAUCGCGACAUGCAGAAAUCCGGACACUGCUGCGGAGUUGAUGAGCUUAGUUGCGCAACACCCGGGAAAAGUGACAGUUCUGAAACUGGACGUAAGCAGAGAAGAUGACAUCCAAGACGCGGCUGAACAUGUUAAAAAGGCAUUCGGCAAAGUUGACCUGAUCAUCAACUCCUCAGCGAUGCUUCAUCCCUCUGGCAAAGGCGAGACCAGCCUGAGGGAUGUUUCUGCACAGGGAAUAAUCUCAACAUUGACAACAAACACUGUGGGACCAUUGGUGAUGGCCAAGUACUUCGCUCCACUAUUGCAGAAGGGAAGUGGUGCAUUUGGCCAGCAGCCGCCAGAGAAAGCCAAACAGCAUAGUGGGAUCAUUGUCAACAUCACCGCAAAAGUCGGAUCCAUCGGUGAUAACGGUCUUGGCGGGUGGUACAGCUACAGAAUGUCCAAAGCAGCACUUAACAUGGCCACACGUAACCUGUCCAUCGAGCUGGGGAGGAGCAGGCCCAGAGUGGUGUGCGUGUCCAUGCAUCCCGGCACAGUGAAUACCGAUUUGUCCCGCCCCUAUCACAAGAACGUGCCCAAGGACAAGCUCUUCAGCACAGGCCACUCCGUGCACUGCCUCAUGAGCAUUAUAGAUAGCCUGAAUAUUGACAAAACAGGGAAGGCCUACAACUGGGACGGUUCAGAACUGCCCUGGUGAAAAAUAACAACACUACGCACAUUCCUCGACAAAGCUUACCAACCUCAGUCAACUCAGGUUCAUCUUAUAUUUUGACCGACUGUACCCAAAAUAAUGAGUUUCCGCGUAUGGGGAUUUCCAUGAAUGAUGGUGGUAUCUUGUGUCCUGGUAUAGUGAUAUUACAUGAAUGAUGACGAUAUGUUGUGUCCUGGUAUAGUGAUAUGGUGGUAUAUUGUGUCCUAGAAGCUGGCAUGAGAAAAUAAAGAUAAGUUAGUGCUGUUGUUUUACUUAUAUUGAAAUUGAAUUAUUAUCGGUGUAAGAUUCUUGGUAAAAGAGUGACAGUAAUACAGACCCUUCCUUCAACCCCUCAAAUAGAUCAUGAAAAGUUUGGGGCUUCUUUUUGAAACAACGAAAGCAAUAAAGAGAAAUGUUAAGAGUA